AGGACAAAAUAGUCACUUCUUCAAACCUGCAAGUUCAAUCCCAAACUUUGGUAGGAUGGAUUAACUUCUAGAUUUGCCUGACUGGACACUCCAGGUGUUGGCAGCACCCAAUGUCCUUACUACGUGAUGAGUGUGACCUGAGGAGGACUCUGGAUUUGUUAGACCGAACCGCUAACACCUCUGGACUCUUCCAACCUAGUUUCUCCCUCCGUUUGCCAUUCGUACAGCACAGGGGCUGACAUGAAGAAAGUGGCCCAGUGGUCAACGGAGGACGUGCUCCAGUGGCUGACCAAUGAGGGAAUGCAGGAAUACUCUGAGGCCUUCCGCCAUCUGGACGGCCAGGGCCUCCUGCAGCUCUCCAAGGCGGACUUCCAGACGGCCCCUCUGGCCCUUGUCACCUCGGACAGAGGCAGACAGCUCCUGGACAAGAUGGAGACUCUCAGGAUAGAGCACCACAUUGAAGCACAUAAAAACGGGCACGCCAACGGACACUCCAUCUUGACCGUCAACAAUGAGGUAAAUGGGAACAAGCCCAAGAGGAACGGUCUGAUCAAUGGGUUCCACAAGGAGCAGGUUCAGAUCCCCAUGCCUGAGAUCAACCGCUCUCCGUUCCCUGAGGAGUGGGGGAAGACUGGCGUGGCUUGCAUCUACGCCAUGAUCUGCUUCGUCUCCACCACCAUCAUGAUCUCCGUGGUCCAUGAACGAGUGCCUCCCAAAGAGGCUACUCCGCCCCUGCCAGACAAAUUCUUUGACUUUUUCGACCGAGUAGACUGGGCUUUUUCCAUAUGCGAAAUCAACGGUAUGAUACUGGUCAGCCUGUGGCUUCUACAGUUGGCGCUGUUAAAAUAUAGGUAAAUGAACAAGAUAUGUUACAGUAAUUGAUAACGACUUGAAUCAUAACUUCCGGAACGUAUUGAAGGAUCCACUCCAUGUUAAAGUAUGUUUAGCAGUGUGCUGGUUAAGCACUCCAGCAAGUCUUGAUUGUGUAUGUACAACUUUCUCGUCCUCAGGUCCAUCGUUGGUCGACGUUUCUUCUUCAUCGUUGGCACACUCUACCUAUACAGGUGUAUCACCAUGUACAUAACCACUCUCCCUGUGCCAGGGAUGCAUUUCAAGUGCUCUCCUAAGGUACUUGCCACCUCUCCCUGGGCUCAGAAAUAUAGCCUUUUUGUUGCAUCAUUUCAUUAUGCAAAAACAUACAGGUAACUUCCAACUUAAAGUGUCUUAAUAGGGUGUUGGGCCACCACGAGCCAUAAGUUUCAGUGCACCUUGGCAUAGAUUCUGCUAGUGUCUGGAACUCUAUUGGAGGGAUGCAACACCAUUCGUCCACGAGAAAUUCCAUCAUUUGUUUUUUUUGGUGUUGAUGGUGGUAGAAAAUGCUGUUUCAGGCGCCGCUCGAGAAUCUCCCAUAAGUGUUCAAUUGGGUUGAGAUCUGGUGACUGAGACGGCCAUGGCAUAUGGUUUACAUCGUUUUCAUGCUCAUCAACCCAUUCAGUGACCACUCGUACCUAGUGGAUGGGGGCAUUGCCAUCCUAUGGGGUCAUAUCCAUGAUAGCCAUGGUAGCCAAAAUAAUAGCAAAAAUAAUGGCCUGCCAAGCAUUUUUAUACAUGACCCUAAGCAUGAUGGGAUGUUAAUUGCUUAAUUAACUCAGGAACCACACCUGUGUGGAAGCACCUGCUUUCAAUAUACUUUGUAUCCCUCAUUUACUCAAGUGUUUCCUUUAUUUUGGCAGUUACCUGUAGCAUACUAAGUGACAUGACUGUGUAGUUAGUAGCUUAUGUCUUAACAUGUCUGCGAACCUCGGGUCGAUGUUGAAAGUGCUGAGCCGGAAGGCACUGAGAAAGCAUUUUUUAUGUGGAUGAGAAAAGUGAAAUUAUUUUCCAGCUAUUUAACCCCCUUUGGUCCCAAUUUUCCAUUGCAGGCAGGAUGUGAAACGGCAGUUAUCAUUGGCAGUUAAAAAAAGAACUGCAGAUGUUCUUACGUUAAACGAAAACCAACGAUUUAUGCCUCUUUUUAGGUUUUUUUAUUUAAUUUGUGGCAACGUUGGUCAUAUUUUUAAGGAUAGUAGACGGCAUCUGUCAAUUUGAUUUAGACCCGUUUCUUCAGCAGUUUCUCCUUAGCCAUGCUAUAGUAAAAGCUGAUAAAUGCCCUCACGUUAAGAUGAUAAUUUAUCUGUAGCCAACGUUUUAAAUGGUCUUAAGACUCAAUGGCUUUGAACAUUUAUUUGACUGCGUAUGACCACUUCGUUCACCUACUGUGACAACCGCUUACCUCAAUGCUCCCUACUUUUAGCAGGUCUGUUCAGUCGUGAAGCAGUGGUGUAGGGUUUCAGUUCCUUUUGAGUGUUCCACCCCUCACGAUAGUGGGAGGCAAACAGUAGAGACCUAGUGAAUAAGGCCAAGAUCUGCAUCCCCUCAGCACACCACAGGCCAGGAUAUCCCCUCAGAGGAAACCAUACGUUAUCUGUCCAAAUGAGCCCGCUCACCUAUUUCGGACAGCUUCACAUUUCCUGUUGAAUCUAACUGAAUUAACAAAAUUGGCGAUAGCUUUCCAACUGUUGAAACCGGUUGGCUGUGGGCUAGCGUCUCUGACUGGAGGCCUUGUUCCAAGUUAGUCUGAUCACGUAUGAUCAGCUUCUAGCUGGCGGAAGAGGUUUAACCGGGUUAGUGCCGUUCAAGCUCCUAAUAGUAGGCUAACACAUCCCCUUUUGCCAAUUUCACAGACACAAAUGUUGUUACUGUAUUAUUGUUGAAUAAGUCUGACUAUUUGCUUAUGCCUUUCUGGAGCAUACUUGACAUACUUUUGUGCUGUUUUUUUCUUCUUCUGUUGUAGCUGUUUGGUGACUGGGAGUCCCAAAUGCGCCGAGUCAUGAAGAUGAUUGCAGGAGGAGGUCUGACCAUCACUGGCUCGCACCACAUGUGUGGGGACUACCUUUACAGUGGCCACACAGUCAUGCUGACGCUCAGCUAUCUCUUCAUUAAAGAGUGUAAGUAGGCUACACAACUGUAAUGCGUAGCCUUUCUUAGUGAAAACCCGUGAAGUAUGUGAUGUUUAUUUUGGAGCAGCGGAGACACUUGGUGGUAAACUGUACGAGCUGUUAAAGCUGAUGUAUGACUGUUGAGAAAACAUACAUCUGAUUGGUCACAUUGACUUAAAGGUAUUUUCUGUGUUUCUCGCAGACUCUCCAAAGCGGUUCUGGUGGUACCAUUUGAUCUGCUGGCUGCUCUGUGCUGUAGGCCUCUUCUGCAUUCUCUUGGCUCAUGACCACUACUCUAUAGACGUGGUGGUGGCUUACUUCAUCACCACACGCCUAUUCUGGUGGUACCACACCAUGGCCAACCAGCAAGUAAGUCUAUAUUUGGUCACACUUACCAGUGGAAUAACCAAUGUAAUUACCCUGUAAUAGAGUAGUAUUACUUGUAUGUUGAACGUGUAUAAAAAAUUAUGGAAUGGUGUUAUUCAUGAACAUUUUAAUUUGUUUUCACAGGUGCUGAAGGAAUCAUCGCAGAGCAACCUUUUCUCAAGGGUGUGGUGGUACCGAAUUUUCCAGUACCUGGAACAGAAUGUCACAGGCAUCGUCCCUCGGAACUACCAGAUGCCGCUGUCAUGGCCACCGGCCCAAUGGAGUCAAGUGAAGUACAGCCGGAUCGACACAGAGUGCCCGUGA